AUGAAUCAAGUAAAUGAUUAUAAAUUUUCAGAUGGAAAUCAUCUACAAUGGAAAACAAUUGGUGGUUAUGAAACAAGAAUAAAUGUAUUUGUGAUUGCUUUAAAAGAUUAUAAUGAAAUGUCCGAUGAUGUAAUCAGUUUACGUCAAACUGCUGUGUGGAUCGGUAUUAUUACUGCAAAAUAUGAUACAGACUUAUCAACUGUAAGAAAAAUUAUUACUCAAUUAAAUAAAGAUAAUGCUCAAGAGAAUUUAUACAAUGAAAACUCUCAAUCCAUAGAAACUAAUCUAAAAGUUCGAGUUCAUUUAUCGGAUUCUUGGGUUUUUAUUGAUUCAACCACUGCAGCUAGUCGAUUUUUUCGUAUUGAUAUAGAACAAGAAAAUGUACAUUUUUUAACGGAUGUUUGUAAUAUGGAAGAUUUAUUUCUUAUUGAUUCUAUAUUAGAAUCGUCUUUGACAUAUAAUAAUAAUAAUAAUGAUAAUCCAAUAACUAAUUCUUUAAUUGAUCAUCAUGUCUUACUUCCAUUACCAUCUAAUUCAUCAUUACUGCACGAUGAUAAUGAUAAUGAUGAUAACCAAUUAAAUCGAUCAAGAGUCAAGGAAAGUUUAACAUGUGAAACAAGUUAUGAAAUCAAAGUUGUUGAACCGGAAGAUGAGGAUCAAUUACAUAAUAGAUUACAUCCAAUUGACGCAAGUAAUCCUAUAGCGUCCAAUAAUGAGAAUGAGAAUGAUGAUCAUGAUGAUGAUAACUCCAUCGACGACGAUGAUAAUGCUGCUGCUGAUGAUGAUGAUGAUGCUGAUAAUGAUGAAUGUCUUAUUAAAACUCAAUCACAAAAUAACUUCAUUUCCACAAAUAAUACAUCUUUUGAAGGGGACAUUUUUAGUCCGAAUGAUGAUAUCAUCAGUUCAACCUUAUAUCUAACUCAAGUUUUUGAUAAAGAAUCCCCUAGUGACAAACAAGUACAACAAAUAGAUAAUAAAAUAAAUAUAAUAAAUAAUAAUCCAAUUGAUUUAUGCCAAGAUAAUCCUUUUAUGUAUACAAUAUAUGAAAUGAAUCCGUUUAAUUAUAAAAACAAUUAUAUCAUUACUAAUACUAAUGAUGAUAGUGAUAACAGUAAUAACAGUACUACCACUACUACUACUACUACUAAUAGUAGUAUUCAAGAUACAUCAAGUACUUUAACAAAACACUACUCGACUAAUAUUCUCCUUAAUAAUAAUAAUAAUAUUCCAAUCGAUUUAUCAUUGUUACAACAGCAUGAUGUAUGGUCUUCCCCAAAUGAUUCCAUUAAAUUAAUCAAUUCAAAUAGUGAUAUAAUAAUGAAACAAAAUAUUGAAACUGAAUUUCAACAAUAUAAAGAACAUAAAGAAGUAUUAUUAACAAACUAUGAAAAUAAUAAUUAUACUAGUGAAUCUAGUAAUGAUACAAUGGAAAUACAAAUUAUAUCUAGCGAUGAAGAUGACGUUCAUAAUAAUACUACUACUACUACUAAUGAUGAUGAUGAUAUUGAUAUGAAGGUGACAGCAUCUAUUCAAGGAAUUAAUGAUUUAUCAUUGAAAUCUAAAAAUUAUCAUCAUCAUCAUCGUCAGAAGCCUGAAAAAUUGAUUAGUCCAAUUACAUCACAACAAUUACAAUAUUGUCUCAAUAAAGCUCUUCUUAGAGCAUCACAUAAUGGUUUAAUUAAUUAUAUUGAAUUAUUGUUAAAUACUGGUGCAAGUAUACAUGCAUUAGAUAAAUAUGGAAGAUCAUGUUUACAUUUAGCAGCAAAAUUUGGACAUGUGAAAGUUAUUGAAUAUCUCUUAAAGUACAUUCCAGAAAAACUAAUCGACUUACAAGAAUAUGAAAAGAACCAAACAGCACUACAUAAAGCCGCGGCAAGUCGAAGGAGGGUCAUCUGUAAAAUCCUAAUCACAGCUGGAGCCUGCCCAAUAAUUACUGAUAUUUAUGGGAAACAACCAAGUAAUUUGGCAUUAAAAGCAAAUGACCCACAACUUGCUACUUACCUAAAAAGAGAAGAAAUAUUGUUCAUUAUUAAAAAUGGAGUUGAGAAAGUAGAUGUGUAA